AUGGUUUACGUGGGCACGUGGGCACGUCAUCCGUGGGAUCUACAUCACUUUAAUGGUGCUGAGUUCCUCCCAUCACAUCUCACUGGGGUCACUCCUCCUCUCGAAGUCUCUAACCCUCCUCCCGAAGUCACUAACCCUCCUCCUGAAGUCACUAACCCUCCUCCCGAAGUCACUAACCCUCCUCCUGAAGUCACUAACCCUCCUCCUGAAGUCACUAACCCUCCUCCUGAAGUCACUAACCCUCCUCCUGAAGUCACUAACCCUCCUCCCGAAGUCACUAACCCUCCUCCUGAAGUACUAACCUCCCGAAGUCCUCCUCCUGAAGUCACUAACCCUCCUCCUGAAGUCACUAACCCUCCUCCUGAAGUCACUAACCCUCCUCCUGAAGUCACUAACCCUCCUCCCGAAAACCCUCCUCCCGAAGUCACUAACCCUCCUCCCGAAGUCACUAACCCUCCAGAAGUCUCUAACCCCUCUGAAGUCACUAACCCUCCUCCUGAAGUCACUAACCUCCCUAACCUCCUCCGAAUCCUAACCUCCUCCCAAGUCCUAACCCUCCUCCCGAAGUCCUCUAACCCUCCUCCUGAAGUCACUAACCCUCCUCCCGAAGUCUCUAACCCUCCUCUCCGAAGUCCUAACCCUCCUCCUGAAGUCACUAACCCUCCUCCCGAAGUCACUAACCCUCCAGAAGUCUCUAACCUCCUCCUCCGAAGUCCUAACCUCCUCUCCGAAGUCACUAACCCUCCUCCCGAAGUCACUAACCCUCCUCCUGAAUCACUAACCUCCUCCCGAAGUCACUCCUCACUAACCUCCGAAGUCACUAACCCUCCUCCUGAAGUCACUAACCCUCCUCCCGAAGUCACUAACCCUCCAGAAGUCUCUAACCCUCCUCCUGAAGUCACUAACCCUCCUCCCGAAGUCUCUAACCCUCCUCCCGAAGUCACUAACCCUCCUCCUGAAGUCACUAACCCUCCUCCCGAAGUCACUAACCCUCCAGAAGUCUCUAACCCUCCUCCUGAAGUCACUAACCCUCCUCCCGAAGUCUCUAACCCUCCUCCUGAAGUCACUAACCCUCCACCCGAAGUCUCUAACCCUCCAGAAGUCUCUAUCCCUCCUCCUGAAGUCUCUAACCCUCCUCCCAAAGUCACUAACCCUCCAGAAGUCACUAACCCUCCUCCUGAAGUCUCUAACCCUCCAGAAGUCACUAACCCUCCUCCCGAAGUCACCAACCCUCCUCCCGAAGUCACUAACCCUCCAGAAGUCACUAACCCUCCUCCUGAGGUCACUAACCCUCCUCCAGAAGUCACUAACCCUCCUGAAGUCUCUAACCCUCCUCUUGAAGUCUCUAACCCUCCUCCCGAAGUCUCUAACCCUUCUCCUGAAGUCACUAACCCUCCUCCCGAAGUCACUAACCCUCCAGAAGUCACUAACCCUCCUCCCGAAGUCACUAACCCUCCUCCUGAAGUAACUAACCCUCCUUCUGAAGUCACUAACCCUCCUCCCGAAGUCACUAACCCUCCUCCUGAAGUAACUAACCCUCCUUCUGAAGUCACUAACCCUCCUCCUGAAGUCAUUAACCCUCCAGAAGUCACUAACCCUCCUCCCGAAGUCACUAACCCUCCUCCCGAAGUCACUAACCCUCCAGAAGUCUCUAACCCUUCUCCUGAGGUCACUAACCCUCCUUCUGAAGUCACUAACCCUCCUCCUGAAGUCACUAACCCUCCUCCUGAGGUCACUAACCCUAAUCCUGAAGUCACCAACCCUCCUCCUGAGGUCACUAACCCUCCUCCUGAAGUCACCAACCCUCCUCCUGAAGUCACUAACCCUCCUCCUGAGGUCACUAACCCUCCUUCUGAAGUCACUAACCCUCCUCCUGAAGUCACCAACCCUCCUCCUGAGGUCACUAACCCUCCAGAAGUCUCUAACCCUUCUCCCGAAGUCACUAACCCUCCAGAAGUCUCUAACCCUUCUCCUGAGGUCACUAACCCUCCUUCUGAAGUCACUAACCCUCCUCCUGAAGUCACCAACCCUCCUCCUGAGGUCACUAACCCUAAUCCUGAAGUCACCAACCCUCCUCCUGAGGUCACUAACCCUCCUUCUGAAGUCACUAACCCUCCUCCUGAAGUCACCAACCCUCCUCCUGAAGUCUCUAACCCUCCUCCUGAGGUCACUAACCCUUCUCCCGAAGUCAAUAAUGAAUCAAUAAUUUUGGUCACUAUUGGCUGA